AUGCUGGCGGUUGUUUGCAAGACCCUUGAAGAUGUGAAGGCCCUUGAAAAGUAUGCCAAGGAAGGUAUGAUUGACAAGAAUGCUGGCCUUCAUGGUCUAGGAUCAUCAAUUGGAAAACUCCUUGAUGGAAGUUUCCAUGCUAUCAGUCUUGAAAAUUUAAAAGCAUAUCGUGGCAAAUUUUGGGUUAAUGAUCCACAAAAGAGACUUGAUUUGCUGAAGCCAAGAUUACCAGAUGGCAAAUACCCACUAGGCUUUCUAGGUUUUGCUGUGAACAUGAUUGACUUAGAUCAUAAUUACUUAAUUUACCAUACAGUCAAAGGCCAUGGUCUAAGGGAAAUCUUAUUUUAUAGCAUGUUUGCCCGCUUACAAGUAUAUAGAAGCCGGGUUAAGAUGGAGCUUGCAAUACCAUGCAUUAGUGAGGGUGCUAUUUCUUUAGAUGGCGUUAUGAUUAAAGCCAAUGGUCUUUAUUUAUCUUUGGGGCAGGUAAACUACAUGCAAUGA